CUUCAAUUUGGCCAACUAUAUUAUUACCACUGACAUGCCCCCAUCCAAGCACUUUGAAUUACCUCAUUCAAAACAAAUGAAAUGAGACAAUGAAUUUUUAAAAACCAAUCUUCUCCUCCCAUAUAUCGAGGCCAAAGAUAAACACCACCAGCCCCAAUUCAAUCACAAAAAAACACUAUUUGAAAAUUUUAAUAAAAAUGACAACAGAAAGUACAUCACUAUCAAACAUUGAACAACAUCACCAAGAACAAGAAUAUGAUAAUGAUCAUGAUGGUAACAAGGAAGGGAAGGUGGAAUCGAUAGAGAGAAUAUUCGAGAGCAAGAAGGUUCCUGUGUGGCAAAGUCAGUUGACAGUUCGAGCAUUUGUUGUUAGUUUCAUAUUGGGAAUCAUGUUCACUUUCAUUGUCAUGAAACUAAAUCUAACAACUGGAAUUAUUCCUUCUUUAAAUGUUUCUGCUGGACUUUUGGGUUUCUUCUUUGUUAAAACAUGGACUAAGUUUUUGGAUAAAUCUGGGAUGUUGAAACAGCCUUUUACUAGGCAAGAGAAUACUGUUAUUCAGACUUGUGUUGUUGCUACCUCCGGCAUCGCUUUUUCUGGAGGCUUUGGUAGUUACCUUUUUGGCAUGAGUGAUGUUAUCGCCAAACAGUCGAAAGAAGAAAACUCUGCGCAAAACAUAAAGAACCCUUCUCUUAUAUGGAUGAUUGCAUUUCUCUUUGUUGUUAGCUUCCUUGGACUGUUUUCUGUCGUCCCUCUUCGCAAGAUAAUGAUUAUUGAUUUCAAACUGAUUUAUCCAAGUGGCACUGCAACUGCUCAUCUUAUUAACAGUUUCCACACUCCUCAGGGUGCUAAGCUAGCCAAGAAACAAGUCAGAACCCUCGGAAAAUUCUUCUCCUUCAGUUUCCUUUGGGGAUUUUUUCAGUGGUUCUUUACAGGUGGGGAUGACUGUGGAUUUAUAAACUUCCCAUCACUCGGCCUUAAGGCCCGAGAAAACAGGUUUUAUUUCGACUUUUCAGCAACUUAUGUUGGAGUCGGCAUGAUCUGCCCCUAUCUGAUCAAUGUGUCAUUAUUAGUGGGAGCAAUUCUUUCUUGGGGUGUGAUGUGGCCACUUAUAAACGAAAAGAAGGGUGACUGGUAUCCUGCAGAUAUCCCAUCGAGUAGUCUCCACAGCUUGCAAGGUUACAGGGUGUUCAUCGGCAUAGCCAUGAUCCUAGGUGACGGACUCUACAACUUCAUUAAAGUCCUUGGUCACACUUUACUUGGCCUAUAUCGUCAGUUUAGUCAACAACAAAUCACGGGGGAAAUCCCUGUUAGUGGUAAUUCUUCACCUGAUCUUCCUUCUUUAUCUUAUGAUGACCAAAAACGCACUCGAUUGUUUCUCAAGGAUCAAAUUCCUAUGUGGAUUGCAAUCACUGGUUAUCUAACCAUCGCUAUUGUCUCCGCCGCUACUCUUCCACACAUCUUCCACCAACUCGAGUGGUACUACAUUGCUGCUAUUUAUGUUGUUGCCCCAGUAUUAGCCUUCUGUAACGCUUAUGGGUGUGGACUCACUGACUGGUCCUUGGCAUCAACCUAUGGAAAGCUAGCCAUCUUCAUAAUUGGAGCAUGGGCUGGUGGGGAGCACGGUGGUGUUUUAGCGGGCUUAGCCGCUUGUGGCGUCAUGAUGAACAUAGUCUCAACCGCUUCUGAUCUGAUGCAAGACUUCAAGACUGGUUACAUGACCUUGGCUUCACCCAGGUCUAUGUUUGUGAGCCAAGUGAUUGGAACAGCAAUGGGUUGUAUUAUCUCACCAUGCGUCUUUUGGCUAUUCUACAAAGCAUUUGAUGAUCUUGGAGUUCCUGGUUCUGAGUACCCCGCACCAUAUGCUCUUAUUUACAGAAACAUGGCAAUCUUGGGAGUUGAAGGAGUUUCAGCAUUGCCUGAAAAAUGCCUCAUGCUUUGCUACAUAUUCUUUGCAUUUGCUAUCUUCGUGAAUGGAAUUAGAGAUGCGGCAAGAAAGAAUAUAGCAAGGUUUAUUCCAAUUCCAAUGGCAAUGGCAAUUCCAUUUUACAUAGGAGGAUAUUUCACGAUUGACAUGUGUGUUGGCAGCUUGAUUUUGUUCAUUUGGUCCAAGAUCAAUAAGCCAAAAGCAGCUGCAUUUGGGCCUGCUGUUGCUUCCGGUUUGAUCUGUGGUGAUGGAAUUUGGACACUGCCAAGUUCCAUACUCGCUUUGGCUGGUGUCAAGCCUCCUAUUUGCAUGAAGUUUCUUUCGAGAUCAACUAAUGUUAGAGUCGACAAGUUCCUAAGUCCGUAACAGGAUCUUAUUGCAAUAUAGAUAGUAUAUUCAUACAUGUAUGAAGAAAGUGUAAAAUGUUGCUAUAUACAGAACAUGUCAUGUAUUUUAUGUUGAUAGUAUUCAUAUAUUUGAAGGUCAAAAUGCAUCUUGAAGUAGAA